AUGGCUCCUUUCAAAUUUAUGACAGCUGUGCUGGCUGGCCUUUCCACUCUGGCAGUGGGAGCCCCUACUUCUACCAACGCUAACCUGGGCAAGCGGGCCAGUGCCAAUGACGCUGCUACUGGCUAUGCUAGCCAAAACGGAGGCACCACUGGUGGUGCUGGUGGUACCACUACCACCGUCUCUUCCUACGCUGCCUUUACUGCAGCAGUCUCCGGCGACUCCGCCAAGGUUGUCUACGUUAGUGGGCCUAUUACCAAGACUGCCGAUCAAGUCCGUGUUGGCAGCAACACCAGUAUCAUUGGCAAGGACUACACUGCCAUGCUCACUGGCUUCGGCAUCUUGGUCAAGGGGGAAUCCAAUGUUAUCAUCCGUAACUUGGGUGUGAAGAAAGUCCUUGCUGACAACGGUGAUGCCAUUGGCAUUCAAAAAUCUACCAACGUUUGGAUCGAUCACUGCGAUGUCUCUUCCGACCGGGACAAUGGCAAGGACUACUAUGAUGGUCUGAUCGAUAUCACUCACGCUGCCGACUAUGUCACUGUUUCCAACACCUUCUUACACGACCACUACAAGGCGUCUCUCAUUGGACACUCUGACAGCAACGGCGAUGAAGACACCGGCUACCUUCACGUCACCCAGAACAACAAUUACUGGUACAACAUCAACUCUCGCGCUCCUUCUUUCCGCUUCGGUACCGGUCACGUCUACAACAGCUACUUCUUGGACGUCAGCGACGGAAUCAACACCCGUGACGGUGCUCAGCUUCUGGUUGAGUCCAACGUCUUUAGCGGCAGCAAGAAGCCUCUCUACUCCACCGAUGAGGGCUAUGCUGUGGCUAAGGACAACGACUUUGGCACUGGCUCGAACACUGCUCUGACCGGCACCUUGACCUCCGUGCCCUACAGCUACAACCUUCUUGGCUCCGCCAAGGUCCAGGCCGGUGUUGUUGGCACUGCUGGCCAGACCUUGACUUUCUAA